AUGACAUACUUCUCUGUUGACGAAAAUUACGCCCAGACUGUUCCUGGAUUGCAAUCAGUUCUUCAAUUUGCAGAAAUGCUUGAGAAGACAUGCCCAACAAUUUCUGUAGCUUUUGCAAACUAUGGUGCCAUGUUAAUUGAUGAAUAUAUGAUUUCAAUUGGUGUGCAAGAUCCAGAUGGACUUGCAGCUCGUAAUAUUAUUCGCGGCAAAAUUAACGGCAAGCCAUGCGCAGAUGCCGAAACUCUCGAUUCCUUCGGAAGUAAAAUUUUAAUUGCAGCAGAAACAAGUCAGAACAAAAUUGAUCUCAUCAAACUUGCAUAUAUCGCUUUCUCUGCUACAUCAGCUUAUGGCGCAAUGAAACAAUCAACACAAGCAAGAUUAAAUAGAUGUGUUCAAAUUCUUACAGAUUUUUCAAGCCAGGAAGGUGCUGAUUAUCCAGAUGCUGGUGGUGAUAUUGAUAUUCCUUCUGGAACACCUGGAGGCGCUGGAGUUCCUCCAAAUCCAUGGGAUGCUCCAGGAGCUUCUAAAUAUUAUCAGACUACUCCAGAACCAGCUCCAGAACCAGAACCAACAGCUUCAGAUGAUCCUAAAUGUAUGAAAUUAGCUCAAAUAGCCCAACAAGCCUUUAAAGAAGGUGCUUACGAUAUUGCUAUUACUGCUAUCAUGGCCUGUAUCAAAGAUUUGGAUAGCAAGUAA